AUAAAACAAAGCAUAUGGCAAAGAUCGGAUAUCGAUUUCGAGAGAGAUAUACGUGAUCUCAGAAAACUAGAUAUACGAGAGAAGAAUAUACUGUUCAUGAUGUGUAGUUUUUUUCUCACAAUUGAUAGUGUUGUUAUUGAUUUAUUGAAUAACUCACUUCUAAAAGAUCUUAAGAUCCUAUCAGUUCGUAACAGUCAAUUUAAGAAGGCGCUUGAAUUUUAUUCAGAACAGAAUCGACAGGAAGAGGUUCACGAUGAAUUCUACAAGAACAUGGGUAAAGUAUUCUUUAGCGAGAGUUAUGGAAUUCUUUUAAAUUGUCAUGAAAAUUUUUAUGAGUUCAAAAAAGUAUUUGAUUACUGUGAGAGAUAUCAAGAUCGAAGUUUACCACUUG